AAAAUCGUUCAAUAGAAGUUGAACCGUCGAGUAGAAACGACCGAGAAUUGUUUGUCAUGUCUCGCAACUAUUUUUCAUUAACAAUCGUCGCGUUAAUAUCGACGACAAUGAUCGACGUAACAUCAACAGAAAGAUCGUCAGUGAAUUCUUCGUCCCACGUUAAAUUUAUCGAAGAUCGAUCAAGGAUCGUCGGAUUGAUAGUACCUUCUUUCUUUCAUCUUCACAAAUUCAAAUUGGAAAAGUUAGAAAAGAUCACUAGUACUCCACCGACUACGGAUUGCAUUUGUGUACCGUAUUAUCUUUGCGAUCCUAAUACUACAGUGAUCAUCGAUGGAACAGGAAAUAUAGACAUAAGGUAUCGAAGAUGUACAGGAGAUCUCGAAGUUUGUUGCAAGUUACCUAACGUUACUGCAGCUCCUAUAGUCACUCCAACACCUGCAACUACUAUGACUACUAAACCACCAUCAACGGCACCUCCUACGACUCCUACAACAUUACCUCCUACAACAUUACCUCCUACAACACCAUCUCCUACAACACCAUCUCCUACAACACCACCUACCACCGUAACAACUAUGCAACCUACGGCUCCAAUAAUCUUUCCAACAGGUUACCCUAUCUUACCUACUGGAAUACCUGGUAUUAAUUGUAUAUGCGUAUGGAGUUGGCAAUGCAAUCCUCAAGAUGUUGUAAUAAUUGGUACAUCCGGAGAAGGUAUUAUUAUUCCGCGUCAACAAACAUCUCUCUGUCCAGGUGUUGGACAGGUUUGUUGCAGAUUAACGUCUAACGUAAUACCAACUAUCAUCACACCUACUGUACAACCACAGACAGCACAGAUUUGCGUUAUUUGCGGGAAUACAUUGCAAUGUACUAACGGUGCUAAUAUCGUUAUACCAUCCGGUACGAAUAUAUUUAAUUCCGCACAAUUAAUUAAUUGUCCUAAUAAUAAUAAUAAUUGCUGUCAAGGGAGUGGACCUAUCACCAACGUUGAUACAACUGUUAUUAUUAAUGGUCUUGGACAAAUGAAAUUCCCAGGUACAUCAAAUGCCUGUUACUGUGUUAAAAGUUGGCUCUGUACUCAAGGAAAUGUCGUUAAUCUCGAUGGAGCUGGUAUUAUCGAUCCAAGAUUUACUAUUUGUACGUCGGCCGAUGAAGUUUGUUGUAGGCCAGCUGGUAUCAUUGCAUCUAAUCAAGUCUAUUCUGAUUUUUCUGCUGGUCCACGUGAUCUUGUUAUUAAUAAUCCAAUAGAUCCUCUUGAUAUUCAAGUCGUAUGCGGUAUUCGUGGUACAGCUAAUGCACCUGCAACACCUUAUCCAACAUCAUCAGGUAAGACCUAUUUCGCUGAAUUUCCAUGGAUGGUAUCUCUUUUCGCGAAACAACCAGAUGGUAAAUAUCUGUAUCGAUGUGGCGCAUCUAUGAUCAAUAAUGGAGCUGUCUUAACUGCUGCACAUUGCGUUACAAAUCAAGAAAAUGGUGUAUUAGUCGCUCGAUUUGGACAAUGGAAUGUGAAAAAUAAUAGCGAACCGAUUCAAGAAGCAGGAAUAAAAGCAAUCAUUCCUCAUCCACUUUAUUAUAAUGCCGGUUUGUUUCAUGACAUAGCAAUUCUGAUUUUAAAUUCAACAGUUAACUAUGCAACAAAUGUUAUUCCCAUUUGUCUUCCACAACAAGGAAUGAUUUUUUCAUCUGGUACUAGAUGUUUUGGAACUGGAUGGGGCAGUAGUGCCUUUGGCUCAUCCGGUGAAUAUCAAGCAGAGCUAAGAAAAGUUGAUCUACCAAUCGUAGAACGAUCAGAUUGUCAAAAUCGUUUAAGGACAACGAAUUUAGGACAAUCCUUUUUAUUACAUGGUUCGUUCAUUUGUGCUGGUGGUGAACUUAACAAGGACACUUGCCGUGGCGAUGGUGGUGGGCCUUUGGUUUGUCCAACUGCCACUGGACAAUUUAUUCAGGCUGGUAUAGUGUCUUGGGGCAUUGGUUGUGGCGAGUCUAAUAUACCUGCUGUUUAUACUAGCGUUUCUCAACACAAACAAUGGAUCGAUCAACAACUCGCAAAUUAUGGUGUACAAUAUAUGAAGACAUUGGUAUCACUUUUGGGUUGUAUCGCUCUAUGUUUAGCCGUACCUUUACCACAAGAAGAUAAAAAUUUAGAUAAUUUGAUCAGCAGCGUCUUCGGUAGACCACCUUCAUCAACAACUCAAUCAUCCAAUAAUGGCGACUUAAAUUCUCUUAUUGAGAAUGCUUUAAAGAACAGAGACGUUACCACUCAACGAACGAUUCUUGGUACACAAAAUAAUCCAACUAAUAAACCAGACGAUUGCGAAUGCGUACCUUAUUAUCAAUGUAGAAACGGUACUAUCUUAAACGAUGGAGUUGGCAUCAUCGAUAUCAGGUCCGCUUUUGAUGAUAAAGAUAUUAAUGUUGCGGGAGUUUCUGGAUCGUGUGAUAAUUAUUUGGACGUUUGUUGUAAGCCACCGGAUCUUGUAAGGAAUAACGAGGAUCCAAUUACACCAUCACCGGUAGUAAGAAAGGGUUGUGGUCAGAGACAUCCCAAUGGUGUUGGUUUCAGAAUUACUGGAGCAAUGGAUAACGAAGCUCAAUUUGGUGAAUUCCCAUGGAUGGUAGCCAUAAUUAAAGAAGAAGGUAUUGGCAAUGAAGGACAAAAAUUGAACAUUUAUCAAUGUGGUGGUGCACUUAUUCAUACUAGAGCUGUCUUAACAGCUGCACAUUGUGUCAAUGGAAAGAAACCUUCGGAGCUUAGAGUACGUGCAGGCGAAUGGGAUACACAAACGAAGAAUGAAAUUUAUGCUCAUCAAGAUCGUAAUGUAGAAGCUAUAGUAGUACACGAGAAAUUCCAUUCGGGUGCUCUUUACAAUGACACUGCCAUAUUGAUCCUUUCUGAGCCAGUCGAAUUAGCUGAGAACGUUGACGUCGUUUGUCUUCCCGAUCAAGGUUCUGUGUUCGAUGGAAGCAGAUGUUUUGCCAGUGGUUGGGGCAAAGAUGUCUUCGGCAAGGAGGGUCAUUAUCAAGUAAUUCUGAAAAAGAUAGAUCUACCGAUCGUGCCUCAUGAUACUUGUCAAAAUACUUUACGUCAGACCAGAUUAGGAAAAUAUUUCGUUUUGGAUCGUACUUUCAUUUGUGCUGGUGGUGAAAGAGGAAAAGACACGUGCAAAGGUGAUGGUGGAAGUCCUUUGGUUUGUCCAUUAAAGAACGAUCCUAAUCGAUAUGUUCAAGCUGGAAUCGUUGCAUGGGGUAUUGGUUGUGGCGAAGAUGGAACUCCAGGUGUUUAUGCUAAUGUCGCUGAACUUCGACAUUGGAUCGACGAACAAAUAAUUUAUUAUAAUUUGGAUAAUACCAUUUAUCAAUACAAACCUUAAGAGAGACUGACAUUUCCGUUAAUUUUCUCGGUCGAUAUACUUCAUUUUCUUUUCUUUUCUUUUUUUCAUCAUAGCUUUUUUUUUUGACUAUAUUUUAUCGCUAUAUUUUAUAUGUUAAAUAAUUUUUAUACCGACAAAUACACAUUUAUCGACUUAUCUCAUAUAUAAGAAUGUAUUCUAUAUGGACGAUAUAUAUGUAUACUUCUUCGUAUAUACAUAUGUAUAAGCGUAUAUUCUUGCUGACAAAAUAAAAUAUAACAAGUGAUAUAAAAAUUAUUGCUUAAUAACGAUUAUUA